GAUCUUCCCCCCGGAUAGGAUAUCUCUGCGCCAGUCCUCAACUCGCGCAGUUCAUUGAGUAGCUCUUCAUAUACCGCCUACAUUACCAUGGCCGGCGCAACUCCCAAGAAGAACGGCUCCGCGCCGCAGACUCCCAAGCAUUCGCCUCCACGCUCGUCGCCGUCUCCAUCGCCCUCGCGCGGUCCCGACGACGUGGACGCCGACGAGCUCACUGCUCUAAUCAAGGCUGUCAAGUUUGCACACCCCGAGUUCGGCGUCAAGCGCGUGCACGACCAGGUUCUGUCACAUGGCGGCAAGUUUGCUCGCGUUCCGUUUAAGCGUGUCAAGCGGUACAUGCACAAGUUGGGCAUGAACUCGCCCUCGGAGGAGGACAAGACACCCGUAAAGCUCAUGACCGUUGGCGGUGACUCCAAGUCGCUGCGUGAGGGCGGAUCCGAAGCCUCUGGGGCCACAGACGACAUGGUUUGGCUGCCCGUCAAGCUAGAUGAACCUGCUUCUAAGCUGCAGGAGUUCCCGUACCAGGCUGUGAUCCGAAUGACCACCAACGAAGAGGGCGAUGCCGAGGGCUCGCUCGGUGAGAUCUACAAGAUCCAAGUGGCCGUGGAGGCUGACGGCUCGCUGAGCACCAUCCACCCUAUGCUGGUGUACAACAAGGCCCGUACGCGCAAGACGUUCCUGCACCCAGACUCGCCAGCCUAUCUGCCCGUGCAGCGAUUGGUGACCGCGCAGGGCCAGAAGGGAGCUGUUGGAGGCUCCAAGGCCUACUUCUGGGGCCGCUACUUCAAGAUCGAAGACAUGCUGUACAUCAACACGGAGAAGCUCGCACCUGCCCAGCAGUGGUAGGCGAUGAAUGACGAUCUGUCGCAGCAACGGGACGAGGUGUAGAACUAGCGCGUAUCCGACCUGCACAGGAUGAUCGAUGUUGGUGCCAUGGAUGAUGGAGAUGAAGACGCGAAGGCAAAGGAGGAUUUGGCGGGACUUUGCAGCUGCAAACACAUUGGCGUCCGUGGCUUGGCGUUUUGCCCGAUAUAUAUUGACUGCUUUUUCACUUUUGCAUAUGUGUAUAUUCUGCAUAUUUUUUAGCGGUAGACGAUGGAAGUUGCGUUUUUGAUGUCGAGACGCCGUGUUUGCUGCUGCUUUCCCUCCCCCGACUCCUGCUCUCGAUAUGAUGUUGGUGUCGUGCCGUCAGCGUUUCUGUCCUGGUUGCAUUGAGUUGUCAAGAUGUCGCGUUACCCGUUUACUGCUAACGUGGAGUGAAGACCAGCACAUGUGCAGACAAUAAAAAUCGAGCAAGAAAUGGCACAGCAAAAAUGUUGCCCAAAUUUCGUAACAAAAAAAUGAAAAAAAGAUUCACGUAACCUUGUAGCA